AUCGUCGCUGUGGUUCGUUAUGUCAGGAAAUCACAAAGCGGGAUUUAAAUAUCCUUCGGAGUAUGUCAAGCUCAAUAUCGGCGGUUCCUUACACUACACAACCUUAGGUACACUCCAAAAAUAUGACACUAUGUUGCGUGCUAUGUUUAGUGGUCGCAUGGAAAUGCACACAGACUCCGAAGGGUGGGUGAUGAUAGAUAGGUGUGGUAAACACUUUGGAACAAUUUUAAAUUUUCUAAGGGACGGCUCAGUUCCAUUACCAGAGAGCACAAAAGAAAUGGCAGAACUACUUGCAGAAGCAAAAUUUUAUUGUAUCAGCGAAUUAGCAGAGUCUUGCGAGCAAGCACUUCUUGUAAAAGAAAAAGAGGCAGAACCUAUUUGUAGAGUUCCACUUAUCACUUCUCCGAAAGAAGAGCAGUUUUUAAUUAGCAAUACUACUAAACCAGUGGUAAAGCUGCUCAUUAAUAGGCACAAUAACAAAUAUUCAUAUACAAGUUCGUCAGAUGACAAUCUGUUAAAAAACAUAGAAUUGUUCGACAAAAUGUCCCUUAGAUUCAGCGAUAGAGUGCUAUUCAUUAAAGACGUGAUUGGCUCCAGUGAAAUUUGUUGUUGGACAUUCUAUGGUCAUGGUCGUAAAGUAGCAGAAGUUUGUUGCCACUCUAUUGUAUAUACGACUGACAGGAAACACACAAAGGUUGAGUUUCCAGAGGCCAGAAUUUAUGAAGAGACAUUAAAUAUUUUGUUAUACGAGCACCGAAACGGUCCUGACCAAGAACUAAUGCAAGCAACUUCCUCUCGUGGUGGAGUCAGUGGUGCACCACCUUGUACAUCAGAUGAAGAAGAGGGUGAGCGUUCAUUGGCUCGCCUUCGUUCCAACAAACAAAACACCAAUUGACCCAACCUUAUUUCCCUUACCUCUCCUAAUUCAGCGACCCAUAGCGUCGUUCGAGUCCUCGCCCUUAAAACGCGAGCCAAUAUAAAAUAAGAUGUAUGAAAAAGGAGAUGCGAGGAAAAUUCCAUAAAUAUAUAUGUAUGAAUAUUUCAUACGUAUAUAUGUAUAUGCGCCCCUUUCUCUUUUUUGUGCAAAUUAUGAAUUGAAAAUGUUGUUAGGACUGAUUGUAUGAUGGGCUACUAUUAAGUUUCACAUCACACUAUCAUAUCUUCUUGGUAUAUAGAUAUAUAUCUUAAUUAUUUUACAUAUCUGGAAUUAUUUACAAACAACACUGAUUUAGAACAGAAUGACAAAUUCGUCUUGGCUUAAUUCAAUACUUAGGCGAUAAGGUAUAGAAUAAUACAAAAGUAUAAUAAUGCGUUUUCUUAUUCCUUCUUAUUUUCAUAUUGAGAACUUGAAAAUAAGUAUCUUUAAGAGAACAAGAUAUCAGUACUAUUUAUGUGCCAAAUGUUCGUGUCAGAAGUUAAAACUGAAAGUAAGUCGAAGUUGCCAUUCUGUGACUGAUAAAAUUCUUUACUAUCUUAUACUCUAUAACAACUUUUAAGCAGUUAUUUAGAACAAUGAAUUGUAUAAAAAGUUGCACAACAUAGGACUGCAUUGUUACCUGUUAUAAGUAUUAUUAUUAUAGUUGUUACUAUUGUACUAUUAUGAUUAUCACAACUAUUAUUAAUAUUAUUAAUAUCAUAAUUAUCAAUAUUUUUAUUAUUAUUAUCACUAGCUUUACUAUAAAUUCAAUAUGUUUAUAUCCUUUUUUACAAAAGAGAAUUCUACAUGUGUCAAUAAAUUAAAAAAAGUAAUAAAUGUGUGUGCUUGAAUUUUUUAACUUAAAAAUUCUAUGGAACUGCUUAAAGGAUGAAGUGGAGUAAACACUGCCAGUAAAUACCUACAACAGAGUAUAUAAAAUUAUAUCAGUCAGAUAGAAUUUAAAAAUUAACUCAACAUUUUCUCCUCAAUGUUAUUCAAAAUUAUAAACAUAGGUCCUGUAUCAUGAAUAACAUAAUAAUUUUUAUAAGCAUAUAAGCUUUGUGUUAAUUUCCGUAUAUCGUUCCGAAAUGUGGUACAUGUUUUCUCACGUUAAUGCUUUUUAUUUUAGUUACGCACUUCAGUUUAUAAAAAUGAGUAUUAUUAUUUGUUGAAUACUGCAAACCGAUAUUAACAUAUCUUACUUGAUGUGUUACAAAAUUGUACAUUUAAUGAAGGGACCAUAUGUAUUCCAAUUUCAUACUUAUAAUUAUUUAACUGUAGAAAACUUUUCGUGUUAUGUCUCGAUUUGCCAAAUUCAAAAAUACUAAAAUCUCAUAUAUUUUGUUCUCCCGAAUACAAAACGAUAUUUAUGUACAUACAUACAUUACAGCAAUAUGGAAAACAUGAUGUUUAAUAACAAAAGAAAAAAGUUUAAGUUCCUAUAAUUUGAUAUAAGAAAAGUUGGAAAUUGUAGAUAAUAUGUAUUCAUAUUUAAUAUAAACCAUUAUAGUUAAUACGGAUAAUGUAAUAUGUAAGUUAAGUUAAAUGCAAUAUGUAUAUAUUGUAUAAUAUGUGCAUAUUUAUAUAUAUAUAUACAUAUUUUUAUAUAUAUUAUGUUAAUGAAAAAAUUAUCGCUGCUUGAAUUUUUCAAUUUAAGUGUAGAGCAGAGUUUUAGCGGCCUCCUUGUAGUCAGGUAAAACCGACACGAGCAUUAACAUUUGUUCAAGUUAUAUAUUUUUAUAUGUAAAAUAAUAUAAUUAUUCGUUGCUGGAAAUGAAUUAAAAAUUGUAUUGAUUAUUUAUGUUUUCUUUCAGGAAACUAGUACCACAGACGAAGUAUACGGAUAGACAUUGCAGCUUACGGGAGUUCGUGUCAUAUGUUUUGAAUUGCCAACUGUGUAAAAAAGUCAGAGAUUUUGCUCUGCCAUCUACGCCUAGAGAACGAUCAAUAGAAGAACUACGUCAAGCAAAAUGGUCAAAGUUAACGAAACCGCAAAUUGCGGUAAACAAGUUCAGAGACACGCUUCUGUUGCAAUGUUGCCAUAUCUUUAAACUCUGAAACGCGCGAAGCUACAUCCUAAUUGAAAUCAAAGAGGUCUAUUAGUAUUUUACAAAUUUAUUUCACAUAGUACCUACACUAACAUUUUGAAGCUAUUAAUACAUGGUUUUAAAUAUAAAUGGUUUAUAUCUUAUGAAACAUUCUUAAAAAUAAUUCUUAACUAACCUAAAUUUUUGAAUAACUUUUACAAUUAUUUUUUACAUUUUUAAUAUACAUUUGCAUAUAUACGAAGACAUACAUACAUGUACAAUACGAGAAGAGGAAUUGACUUUCACUGUUAGAAUCAUAAGCAAAUGAUAGCAUUGUAAAGUAUACGUAUGGAUAAUUAGGGUACUUAUCUUAUUUCGAUCAAACUUUGACUUAUCUAUAUUCUUUUGUCGUCCACCAAAAAUAUAUUAUAUUUUAUAUUCUAUAAUUAUAUUAUAUUUUACAAUUACUGAUCAUCUAAUUAAUUCAAUUGACAUUCAAUGAUAUUCAAUUCAAUGAAUAAACAACUUUUUAUAUCGACAACACCAUA